CACUCGGAGCCGCACCGCUCCCUCCGACUCUCCGCGGUAAACAGCAGCGAUGCCCACCCGGUGAGCGACCCCCAUCCCGUGAGUCCCCGCUGUGCAGGCAGUCUCUCGGCCGGACAGUAGUCCCCCCCCCUCCUGCCCGCAGCAGCUCCUCCUCAAGCCGGGGAGCCUCGGUGGUCCUGGCCGGGAUCCCUGCAGCUCUCCCCGCUUCACAAUGGCUGGACACGAGUGGGAGGACUGGUUCGAGCGGGAGGAAUUAAUCGGACAGAUCAGCGACCUCCGAGUGCAGAACCUGCAAGUUGAGAGGGAGCUGGUUCAGAAGAGGACUUUCACCCGAUGGAUGAACCUGCAUCUAGAGAAGUGUGACCCGCCCAUCGAAGUCAAUGACCUGUUCCGGGACAUUCAGGAUGGACACAUCCUCAUGGCCCUGCUGGAGGAGCUCUCCGGCUGCAAGCUGCUUCACGGGUUCAAGAGAUCCUCGCAUCGUAUUUUCAGACUCAACAACAUCGCCAAGGUCCUGUCCUUCCUGGAGGAGAGGAACGUGAAGCUGGUCAGUAUCGAUGCAGCGGAUGUUGCUGAUGGAAACUCCUCCAUCAUCUUGGGACUCAUCUGGAACAUCAUCCUCUUCUUCCAGAUUAAGGAGCUCACUGGGAACAUCAGGAGCCAGUUCCCCUCCUCCUCCAGCCUGUCGUCCAUCCCCACCAGCUCAGACUCCGACACGUCCAGCAGCACGCCAUCAGAUGAGAGACAGGCGACGGCGUCGGCCAUGCGAGAACACAGCAGGGCCAUCAAGAAACUGCUGCAGUGGGUCCAGAAGCGAACACGCAAGUAUGGUGUGGCUGUGCAUGACUUUGGGAAGAGCUGGACAAGUGGUCUGGCCUUCCUGGCUGUCAUUAAAUCCAUUGACUCCAGCCUGGUGGACAUGAGGAAGGCACAUCUGAGGACCACCAAGGAGAAUCUUGAAGACAGCUUCAGGAUAGCCCACUACAGCCUGGGUAUCCAUCGCCUUCUGGAACCUGAGGAUUUGACUAUCAAUGCACCAGAUGAACAAUCCAUCAUGACCUAUGUGUCUCAGUUCCUGGAGCACUUCCCUGGUAUGGAAGAGCCGGAGGAGCGCUGCCAGCUGAUUGAGCGAAGCGUCUCCAUGGGCCGACUCAACAUCCGUGACAGUGACUCCAACCAUAUGAGGAAUAGUGCUUACCAAAGCAGAGUAAAGGAGAGAUCCUACAUGUUCCAGAAGUCUUCUGCCCAUGUCCCACCCAAAAUCUUGAUUUCCUCUGUGUCAGAGGACAGGAGCGCCAUGUCGCCCCCCUUCAGACCGCCCGCAGCUCGCUCGUGGUCCGUCGAAGACAUGUUAGCAGAUUCCCCCCAUACGGAAGGUAUCUCCAGGAGUCUGGUUGAAGAAUCCAAUGAAUCUACCAGUGAAGUCAACACAAGUUGUAACUCCCCACAACCGCCUUACAGUCACUCUCCGACAGGCUCAUCAGUGCCCGAGUCCAUAAACACAGAGUCAGUAAUAGGCGACUCUGCAAUCGGCUCGCCAGACUCCUGGAUGGAGAGCGAGUUUGGGGUGAUGCCAGAGAAGUUUUGUGAAAGCCGAAGCGACAGUUCUUUGUGUGACAGUGGAACAGCCUGGGAUGUGUACCGUGCCACCCCUGUGGAGAUCACUAAUCUGGAUGAAGGAUUUGUCCCAUCCAUGGAGGAUCGAGCAUCUGAUGAGCAGUCAAAUACCGAGUCCUACAUCGAUGAGGGGAUUUACUCACUGAGCUCGUUGGAGAGCACCAAUGACAGGAUUCAUGGGCAUUCUGAGAAAAAGCGAGAAGUCAUAAAAGAGAAAGUGGCAAACUUUGACAAUAACAACCAGGAAAUGGAACUAAAACAGGAACCUGAUCAAGGCAAAGAUGAUGUUACAAAAGAAGUAGACUCUAGGGAUAUGGAUACAAGUCAGAGCAGCAAGCAAGAAGCUUCUUUUGGAACGUGUGAGGCAGAAGAAGGGACUAAUUCUGGUGUUGAACAUCUCCUACAAACUGAUGAAUCCAAUCAGACACAACUGAAGCAAACCCUUGUUGAAGAGAGCGCUCAUGGAGAACUGGAAUACUUAGAUAAAGCUGUGGACGUUAAUGGGAAUGCAGAUGAUCAUGAAGAACAAAUGAAGGAUCCAAUUGCAAGUCAGAAUGAGAAAAAUAAAUCUGAGGAGAUUGAAGGGGAAACUGAAUGUCAGAAAAAAGAUAGUUGUCCAGAGGAGACAAGAGGAGAGCCAGAGGAGUCAGUUGUUUAUAAGGAAAGGGAUGAAAGUGUGGUAGGAACACAAGAUAAGGAAAGUGACGGAGUUCUAAGAGCAAACACACAACCAACCAACCAAGAUGGAGAUUCAGAAACAAGCGUGGAGCCAAGCACAGGCAUAAAUAUUCCAUUGAUAUCUAUUUCCAGUGAGCCAGAGGAGCAGGACGAAGAGGGGACAUGUGGGCCAGAAAGUAGCGUUCAUGCUGUAGAAGAUGAGGUACGUCAAGCAAAGGGAACUGACAGAGAAAUCCACAGCCGUCAAAAUCCUCCUGAUUUGGUUUGUGAAUCCAAUGCGAGGGUUGACAAAGACUCUGUUGAAUGUCCUUCCUGUCUGGUAUCAGAAGAUGUUGAUUCAGAAGAAACAAGGGUCAUAGAAAGUUUGGAUGGACAUGACAUCAGCAGAUCAUUGAAAGCAGACAUAAGUGGGCCAGACGCAGGAGAUAAAAUGGAAAUAACUGAAGCCCAAAAUAAAUUUGAGUCUUCUGACCACGAAUCUCAGACAGGUGAAAACAACAAGGACUUGAUUUCUGAGACUACUUCUACAUAUGCUAAAUCUCAGCCUCUGAAUCCUGAGCUGGAAAUAGAUUCCACUGACCCAGCAGAAGGACCCAAGGACAUACUGGGUGACACCAUUUCUGACAAUCAAACAGCUACCACACAGCAAAACACUUUAGACACGGGUAGUGUUUCCACAAACAUGGACUUAUUUUAUACAGACUUUGAUCAAAAUUCCCAUUCAGAGGAUCUAGUCAGUGACUCCAUCGAACCCAUGGAUCUGUUCUACCCAGACAAAGAGGAGUCCAUGUUUACAGAGCUACCAGAUAUUGAAAUGCAGAGCUGGCCUUCAGUUCUGAGUGUAUCUGCUCUCCAGCCAGCACCAGCUUCAGAGGCUGAACCUGACCAACUGCUGGGUGAAGACUACAGGGAUAGAAUGGAUUCCAUACAAGAGGAUGAUGAGGAGGCCAACCAGGAGGCUGAGAAAGCGUCUCAAUCCCAGGAAGCCUGUUUGUUGCCCGGGCAGCAGAUGGAAGGACGGUGGGGUGCUGAUGUUCCAGCAGACAGCAGAGAGGCUGAGCAGCAUAGCUCCGACUCGGCCAGGGAAAACACAGAGCCUGUGAGGAGUGACAGUAGAAGCUCCAUCAGACAGGAUGAAAGCCAGAUCCCUCCGGUCCUCCGUCACAGAAAGGGGGCCCGCUUCACUGAGGCCCAGGACAAUGAGACAGCCAGGACAGCAGCUACCAGAGCAGCGGACAACAGUGACUCCAGUUUCUGGUGUGGGGAGAACUCAGAGCUGUAUCUGCUGCUGCUGCUGUGGCUGCUGCUCUACUGUUUCUUGGUGCUGCCUCAGAUGGACCUGAAGACCCUGCCCAGCCUGCUGCUGAACCUGGACCGCUGAACACACACACACACACACACACACACACACACACACACACACACACACACACACACACACACACACACACACACACACACACACAGCUCAACUGCCACUUUCCUGUUCAUUACUCUGACUGUACUCCAGAUCAAGUGAAGGCAUUUAUGUAUUUCAAACUACUAAAGCUUUUUUAGAUUUUUGCUUUGAACUUCGAUGUGGCUUUAUGUAAUCUGUAUGAAAAUGUGUUGGGGCCACUGCUAGGAAAUGAAGAUGUACUAUAUAAGAUCACGAUGUGUCUAGUAAAGUGAUAUAUAAUAACAUUUUGAGAGGUAAGUUGUCAAAAACAUCACAACAAAAGAUUGAUAUUAUUAACAAAUUUGAGGAAGAAAAGUCAGUAUUUUGAAAUAAGUGCUAUGAAAAUAAAUGUGCAAUUCUAAGGGAAAGUCAUCAUAUUUGAAGUACCUUAUAACUUUGCAUAAAAAAUGUUGUAUUUUCAUACAAAAUAACAACUUUAUCUUUACUUAUUAUGUUUUUUUCCUGUAGUGUUGUGAAUUUAUUCUCAAAAAAUGGACAAAAAACUCAUAAAAUGAUGGCUUAAUUUAUGUAAAAGGUUCACAAAGUGUGUAAAUCUCCUAGCCGUGGUCCUGACGUUUUUUUUUUGAAAGACACUAUAGAAGGUUUAUUGCCGAAAUUGUAAGACAUUAUGACUGUGCAGCACACUUUUUGUACAUAAAUAUAUUCUAUGCUUUUAUGGACGCACAGUUGCCUAAAUAUCUUAAUAGCCAUUUAAGAAGACGUUGGAAGUAACUCUACUUUUAUCAGAUAUCAAAAAUCAAGAUCAAUAAAAACUGGACAUAGUGAAGCUGAAGCUGUUAAAUACAAACGAACAUGUAGAUGAUACAACCGGGCUUUCAGAUUUAUUGUAAAGAUUAAUUAGGGGGAUUAUGAUCUGUUGCACUUUUUAAUACAAACUGCCAAAGAUAGUGCUCAUACAGAAAGUCCACAACUCACCACAGGAAUGGAGGUUUUGUUUAUAACACACAGAGGGUCUUCACUUACUCUUGUACUAAAGCGUUGCCCAGCUCUAUAUUGCAUAACAGUUUAAGCGGAAUAUGUAUUUGUAAUAUUUUAUGGCUAAUUUUUAAAUAGUUUUAUGAGAAAGAAAUGUUUUAUGUGAUGGAACUAUGCUUUUCCCAGCCUGUCAAUAGAAAGAGAAUGCUUUACAAUGGAAUAUCUUUCUAUAUGUUAUUUUUGAAUAUUGUCUGUAAUGAAGCACUAUAACAAAGGG